UACGCCAUCAGCCGGCGCGAUGUUUCGAGUCCGCUGAUGUCGUGGCGCUUUGGGGAAAGAAGUUGGUGUUUCUUCGGGCCCUGGUUCUGAAGACUCCGUCCGGGGGACCCCUGGCCGCUUUCUGCCCACCCCUCCUUCUGCUUUUUUUCUUUCCUACUCUGGCAGGAUGAGGCGUGCUGGCCUGGGUGAAGGAGUACCUCCAGGCAGCUAUGGGAACCAUGGCUAUGCGAACAGUGGGUACAGUGCCUGUGAAGAAGAGAACGAGAGACUCACGGAGAGUCUGAGAAGCAAAGUAACUGCUAUAAAAUCUCUUUCCAUUGAAAUAGGCCAUGAGGUUAAACAUCAAAACAAAUUAUUAGCUGAAAUGGACUCACAGUUUGAUUCUACGACUGGAUUUCUAGGGAAAACUAUGGGAAAACUGAAGAUUUUAUCUAGAGGGAGCCAAACAAAGCUGCUGUGCUAUAUGAUGCUGUUUUCAUUGUUUGUCUUCUUUGUCAUUUAUUGGAUUAUUAAACUGAGGUGAUGCAAGUAAGUGUGAGUUUGGAAUUUGUUCCAACUUAACUAUUUGGAGUACCAUGUUGGUAAAAAAUCAGCAUCAAAACAUUCCUAGUUUUCAAAUAUUCUGACUUUUUCCAUUGACGAUUACUGAAUUGUGCUUGUUUUAUAAAUCACAUUAGGUAAUACAGUAAUCUUUGAAUACUGUUUCUUAAUUUAUUUUUUGCCCCUAUUUUCAGGGGUAUUGAGAUGGCCUGAAGUCAGUCUGGCCCUAACAAUUUUUUUCCUAUUGUUUGCCAUCAGAUUAAAUUGUUGUAUAAUAUUCUGUUGUUAGCAUAAAUGUAGGUUUAUACUCAUGUGAAGAAACUUAGCAGGAGCCUAACAGAAUGCCAGGAGAGCCUGACGCUGAGCUCCAGAGGUAGUGAGCAAGUUUGUGAUAGAAGGCUGUCUCUAUUUACCCGAGUUGUCAUCAACCCUGAUAAUGCACCCCCCUUUCCUCCUCAUGUUGUAGGGUGAUUUCCCGUUACCUAGGUAUUCCUCAAAAUUUUUGAUGCUGUGACUUCUCUUUCUCCUCUGCCCAAGGACCUCAUCUUUUCUUGUAGGGCCCAAAGCAAAUGUAUACCAGUCUGGUUGUUUUAUGUUAACUUUAUACAUACCAUUGACUUGGCUUAUAAUAAUUUUAUGAUUUUAGCUGCUUAGGUAGGCUGUUUAUCAUUUGUGACAGAAUAAUGUGGAGUUAAAGUAUUCGCUAAGCUCUGAAUAGAAAUAAAAUUAACUGCCUCUGCUUAUUCUGUGUUCAAAACAGAUACCGAAAGUACUCAGGCACUGAACUUGGGGUUAAGAGUAUUGUUGCUUUAAUCCAGUAUAUUUGUUUGUUUGUGGAAGGGAAAACAAAGAUGGAUAGAAAGAAAUAUUAAAAUGUUCUUAAAUACUCUGUAUUGCUACAUUUGGGAUGUGCCCAUUUAUGGGCUCUAAAAAUAAAAUUUUUAAUGAAAUAUA